AUGACAUUUUUUUCCAGCACUCCACCUGUGCAUUCUAUAUUUUUACGUUCUCUACGAUGGGCAUCGAGCUCCGAACGUACACAUUACCAAGUGCUCGAACUUCUGCCUCACGCUUCAUUGAAAGAGAUCAAAAUGCAGUUUAAACGGCUCCUGAAAAAGUUCCACCCCGACGUGAAUGCUCGAUUGCCCGAGGAUGAGAAAGAGGCUAACAGUGCACGAUAUGUUCAGAUGGUACUGGCGUAUGAGACAUUGAAAGAUGCCAAGAAGAAGAGGGAGUACGAUGCUCUGCUUUCCAGGUCUACUUCAUCUCCAAAGCCUCGACUGGGACCAUCUGAAUGGCAGAAAAAGUAUUACGGAGAAGCCAAGUAUUUCUCCCGGAGCCAAGCUUCCACACACCAUUCGCUGGCAAAUAGACGGUAUCGUGUGCAUAACUUCUACAAUGGAACGGAUCCCAAAUCUCAUUUCUCUGGCCAACACAAAAACCAUGAUCGACACGACGUACCCCACUUCAAUUACGAGGAACAUUUGGCGAAGCAUCUCAAGUUUGAGCAACAUCUAAUAAAUAAACAGCUCCUGCCCGAAGAUCGCAAAGCAAUUCUCCGCCAGUUGGCCAAAGACGGAGACAUUUCAGGUGUGAGUGAAGAGCUUAUAACUAAGCACUUGAUGCGCCAGGCGCAGCGUAUAAAGGUUAGUCUGGGCCGACCAGAAACUCAGCUGUCUCGGAAUCCAUACAUGUACCAAGGACCACAGAAUGGAGAGUAUCACGAGCAUGAAGCCCUGCUCGGAUUUAAGACGGCAGUAGUACUUGGAGGAGCUGGAUCAGCGUAUCUUUUGUACCAUAUGUUGGGAUAG